AUUAAAUGAUGAGUCAUGCUGGUCUUAUGUUUUGCGAUGGUUCUUCAACUUUACUGAAACUUGGUAGAUUGAUUAACCAACCUUUGCUUAGAAAUGAAUACAAGCCAUGUUUGACGUCUAGAACAGUAAUUUGUUUAUCCAGAAACUUUAAAGUUCUACUAAAACAUAGUCGUGAGCCUUUUAACCGAAACUUCUCUGUUUAUGCUAGGGUUCAACUAGAGCCAGACAAGAGAGUUCCAGUUGUUUUGUUGGCUUCCACCGUUUUGUGCUCUAGACCUGUUUUAAACUGGGAGUGGUUGGAGUUGUUCCUUGGUAUUCUGACAAUUGUAGCCUUCUUUCAAGUUUUCACCUAUACGAUAGAGUUUACAGAGAAUGCCUUUGAUAUUACCCGUGGCGGAAAACUUAUUCGGAGCUAUCCGUACACAGAGUGGCUAAGUUGGAGGUUUAUUCCAAGCUCCUAUUUCCCUAUUUUGCUAUAUUUUAAAGAAUACAGCGAAAGGCGCGAAUCUGAAGGAGGUCCAUCGACAAGGUGGCACCUAUUGCCAGUCUUAUAUAAUCCAACCGGAUUUGUCAAGGUAAUUAACUGUGUCUGGACCUUCAUUCUUUUACUUACUAUGAACACUGUAGAUGGUUGAGUCCAAUUUACCAAGAAACAGUAA